GUAGGUAGAUAGAUCCUGUACCGACUAGCUACCUACCUCGUUACAUAUAACUUCAUCUCUAUUCACCUCUACCUCUCCACCUCUCCACCUCUCCACCCCUUCACCUCUUCACCUCUUCACCUCUUCACCAAAUUCAUCUACCUAAUACCGCAUGAUCUCUACUUUGAAGCCUCAACCAAAAGUACAACAACCAACACGGCAUUGAAAGUCUAAUCACAUCAAUUGCUACCUAUCGGACAACAUUCACCCCAUAUUUAGCGCCUUCUACGACCACUAUCCUGACGCUAUACGGAGUAGCUUGGCCCACAAUCAAUAUAUUAUUCCGCAAAACCCUGAGCUUCCGAAAAUCGUCAUAAUAUUCGACAUAAGAUUCCUCCACAACUCCAAGACCACCAGAACCACAAACCGAUAAGAUAGGGCACAGCUGAUAUAUUACAAUAUUACAUACAGUAAAGAUGUCUACGCCAAGUGACCUCCAACAACUCAUUGAUAUGGGUUUCGAUCAAGAAAGAGCCCAGAUCGCAGUAAAGAAGACUGGUGGAUGUAUGUAAUAAUUCCAACUUGCAUAACCCUUGUUUGCUAUCGAUAUACCCCCGCAUGCAUACUGACUACAUGCUAUAUAGUGAACGGAGCAUUACAAUGGCUCGAGGAUAAUGAGAACAAGACGAUUGAAGAAAUCCAAGCCGCAGAAGCUGCAGCGGCACCGGAGUCUGACGAAACCAACCCCAACAUUGAGCCAGCGCCACUCAAGGAGGGAGAGGAGGCUAAAUCUAUGGUUUGCACUGAUUGCGGGAAGAAGUUCCGUUCAAUGUUGCAAGUUCAAGCUCAUGCCGAGCGAACGUACGAUAUCACACAUUCUCAUAAGACGCAUCUGCUAACAUUAGUGCACAGUCAACAUGAGAACUUUGAGCAAUCUACCGAGGAAAUUGCGCCUUUGACUGAGGAGGAAAAGAAACAGAAGAUUGCAGAACUUCGCGAGAAGGCUAAGGAGAAGAAAUCCAAGCAGGCUAUUAUCGACAAAGAAGAAGCCAAGCGCAACGAGGUUCGUUUGUUACUAUUCCCAAAUAUAACCUGCCUCCCACCUUUACCCCUCCACAUCCAACCCCUACCCCGCAUCAGACUAACAUACCAUCCUCCACAGCAAAUCCGAAUGAAAUCAACCAAGGAAGUUUCAGACGCAAAGGAGAAGCUCGCCCGGGACCAACAAAUCAAAGAAGCACAAGCCAAGCGUGCGGAAAAAGCAGCCGAUAUCCAAGCAAAGAAGAGAAUCCAAGAGAAAAUCGCCGCGGAUAAAGAAGAACGACGUCUCAAAGCCGAAGCCGCCAAAGCGCUCCGUGAAGGUCGUGCUCCCCCAGCUCAACAAGCCGCCCCCGUAGCCGCCCCCGUUGCAUCGACUGGCGCCCCAAAAGUCCACACUGAAUCGCGAUUGAGAUUACAAACCGCUUUCGGGACCAUGACCAAAACCUACCCAGUCGACACGACACUUUUUGAAAUAUCUCAGCAACUCGAGGCUGAGCUUGGUACCGUCAGUAGUUUCACAAUGACAUUCCCAAAGAAGACCUUCGAGGGUCCAGUCGAUUUCGGGAAGACGUUGAAGGAGGCAGGAUUAGUUCCCUCUGCUGUUUUAAUCGUCAAAUAAAUGCCAAAAUAGAAGCGGACAUUGGUAAAAAGGUGAUGGCGUUUAGGAAAACGAUGCAAUAUGAUGCAUGGUUGGUGUUUUUGGCGUGAUGGCGUGGAUUACAUAUGUAGUAAAGUAUGUCAAGAAAGACAACUUACUCACUGAGAAAAGAAAGUCUUUACACAUACUAAGAAGGUCCUGAUAUUCAUUCGCAUAUAAAAGUAGGUAUAAAAUAAAAAGUCCUCACAAUGAAAUCAAUGA